AUGUCAACAUCAAGGAAAACAGAAACACCACAUGUCAGCAGUUUAUUUCUUCGAGAGCGUUAUUCUCUCUCUAUGUUCCAACGUUUCUUGCUGUAUUCGUAUAUUCCAUUCGGUGUAUUCCUAUUUUGCUUACGUGUGAUUAUUGGUGUACAUAUCUUUCUUACCGCAUGCAUUUUACGUAAGACAAUGUUUUUAAGGUGUACGGUUUUACGGGUGAUGUCUUGCUUGCUGGGCUUGGUGGUAUUAAGCGGUGGACCAGCUAAAAGUUGGGAUCAAAAAACACGUCUUUUAGUUGCUAAUCAUAUUUCAACGCUUGAUCAUAUGGCAAUUGAUUUAAUCGAACCUUGUAUUUUACCAUCAGUGUGGGACAUACCAAAUAUUUUACGCUGGUGCCUGGGAUACAAAGAUUUGGGUGCUCGCCAUGGACGGGCAGAACUUAUACGUCGUUCAAAAAUUUUCUGCGAAAAAAGUACUGUGCCUUUGCUUACUUUUCCAGAAGGAGCUAUGACGAGUGGUUGCACUGGUCUUCUCAAAUUUAGUACUUGGCCAUUUGAAGUAGCUGAUUCAGUGCAGCCUGUAUUGAUAUCAAUAUAUCGACCGUUUUUUUGCAACAUUGCUGCAUCCGUUUUGGGUGGUGCGUGGUGGCAAGAUGUUUUCUAUUUUCUGUUUGUUCCUCUUACAAUCAUGAAGGUGCACUGGCUUUAUCCUUUGUAUCGUAGAAAAAAUUCGAACUCUAAUGAAGCUGAUGAAACUACUGAAGAGUUCGCUAAACGAGUUGCUAAUACGAUGGCUACCAAAUUAGGCUUGCAAUUUUUUCUACUUAUGAUUUGUCAUUUUUUAAUAACUCGAUUUUUGUGCCGCAACCAAGGUAUUACCACGACAACAUUUACAUCUCAAGAUGCAGUGGAAGAAGCAAAACGACAUCUUGAAGAAAGCCAUCAAAUGUAUUUAAGUGUACAAUUGGAUGAUAACUCUCCAAUGAAAAGUUCAUCUUGGAAGUGUUCAAGAAGUAUAUCAGAACAUCUCGAUUCUUUAACAAUGAAAAUUAAACAAGCUUUUCCAGCAGUUCCUCUAGUUAUAAUAAGAAGAGAUUUGGAACAAACACAAGAUGGCAAUGUAACAUGUGAACGUAUUGCGACAGGAAAAAUAGACCUGCAUGCAUCAAGCACUGGUAAUUUUUCGCCGGGAAAUGAUCUCCAACUGUGGUCAAAAGUGUACAGUAAUCGAAAAUGGAAUCUAAUUGAAUUCAAUCGAGCUAAAUAUUUGAAACGAGUAGGCGAAAAGUUAUCUGGUACGCAAUCUGGAGUGGGUACUUAG